AUGUUUUCGCGUGUAGUUAAUGCUGCACAGACUUCAUCCAGCUCCUCCAAUCUCUGGCAGGCCGCCAGUUCAGUCUCAGGAGCUGCCACUGACAAGGAAGCAGAAUCUUCAAAUUCCCCAGCACAGUCGUCGUCUGUGUUUACCGUUCUGGCCAAGGCCGUCGCCUCGAAUAACUCAGCAAGCGCUGCGACUGUGGCCUCUGACCACCCAGUGGAGCUGAAGGAAUCAGCUGAUGAGUUGGUACGCAAGCGCAACCUUGCUCAGAUAAAGCUCACCGAAGCUCCCAGUAUGACCGGUGAGGAGGGU